GAAAAAGCAGCGUAGGGUUUGGUCUCGACAAAGCCAAGAUUACGCUCAUCUUAUAAUCCUUUGUUUAAGUUUACUGUCUCCCGGCCAGCUCAACUCACCUGUUGCUGUUUUUGUCCUCAUCGUCAUUUUCUCCGACGAACAUGAUCGAAUUUAUUGUUUUCCAUCUGUAAUUCAUCAAUUGGGUAUUCUUAUUUUGUGGAAUUGGAGGCUAGUGGGUCUUCUUCUAUCCACUUUAUUAGCGGGGAUUCUGUGAUUUUGCUAGAGUUGCUUUGGUUCUGCCAGAUCGCGGCAUUCACUAUGUGCAUGCUUAUUGCUGUUGGUUUUAGCUCGUUUCCCUUUAGGUGCACAGAGUUUCAUUCCCAUGUGGAUGAUUGUUCGUAGCAGGUUUUGGUGUAGCUACUAGAUCAUUUCAUUUGAUGUGAAUUUGGGGAAGAGCAUUCUUAGGUUUGUGAUGGAGGAUAUAGGACUCUUCAACCAAGGAUGGAAAUGGCUGCAAUCUCAGAAACAUGGCUGUUUGAGAGUGAAAAGGGCGUUAGUAUGUAGCAGAGACAGGAUGGGGGUCCUUAUGGAGCGGCAUUGGCCGAUGGUGUGCAAUGGGUGUGUGAAAGUUGGCAGGUUCUCAUGCUUCUUGUUGAUUUAUUGGAAAGACUGUGUUGUGAGAGGUUUCCAGUCUACUUUAAAAUUGGAUUCUGCUUCAUUAUUUGUUAUAAUGUGGAGUUUCUUCCUUAGUUUGACUUCCAUGUCAUGCCUGGUUUAUGUGCUUCUCAGUAUGGGUGCUGCUGGAGCUGCAGUUCAGUACGUAGGUUACACUCCUGGGCUGGCUAUCAUUGGGUUGUUUGGUAUAUUGAUAUUGUGGAUGUAUGCUAAGUUUUGGAUAACAGGAACAUUAUUUAUGGUUGGAGGUUAUUUGUUCUCCUUAAAUCAUGCACGGUUGGUAGUCUUUUCAGCAACAGCAUAUUCUAUUUAUUUUGUCAAAGUUCAUGUUGGCUGGCUGGGUGUUUUCCUCUCAAUAAACCUUGCAUUUUUUUCAAAUGAUGUGUUAAAUUAUUUGCUCCAAUGGUGUGACAAUGUGAGUGAAAGUACACCAUAUGAAGAGCAAAUGGAAGCCAAGAAUGUUAUGGAAGAUGAGUUUUCCACAGAAUGUGAAUGCUCCGUUCACAUUGAUGAGCCUGAAAAAGUGCAGUCAUGUAAAUCAUCUAGCAAAUCUGCUACCACUUCAUCUGUUGUUAAGCAAAAGGACAUUUCUGCUAACAAGGUGGUCCAAGAAGAGGGAAGUUCAGCCGAUGAGAUGAAAAAAAUAUUAAAUAGUAUGGAUCAUUAUGAAGCACUAGGCUUUCCUCGCCACAAAAAAAUUGAGGCUGCUAUAUUGAAAAGGGAAUACCGAAAAAAGGCCAUGCUUGUCCAUCCUGAUAAAAAUAUGGGAAGUCCUUUGGCAAGUGAAUCAUUUAAGAAACUUCAAUGUGCUUAUGAGGUUCUUUCUGAUUCUAUGAAGAAGAGGGAAUAUGAUGAGCAGUUGAGAAAGGAAGAAUCAAGGACUAGAAGUGUUUGUCAAAAGUCCAACGGUGAUUCUUGGCAGCAUUGUCCAGAUCAUUGUUCUGAAGAGUCAAGGCGUAUACAGUGCACAAAGUGUGGCCAUUCACAUAUAUGGGUGUGCACCAAUAGGAACAAAGCCAAGGCCAGGUGGUGUCAGUAUUGCUGUCAAUAUCACCAAGCCAAGGAUGGUGAUGGAUGGGUUGAAUACAAAGGUUCCUUGGUGUUUGAUAGGCCCCAAAAGGUGGAGAUACCACGUGCUUUUGUUUGUGCUGAGAGCAAGAUCUUUGAUGUGUCAGAAUGGGCUAUUUGUCAGGUUGGUGGUUUAUAUAUCAUAUGUCUGUAAUCCUUUCUGUGGUGUCUAACACAAAUCUGACCAUCUACAAUACCACAUAUCUUCUGCCAGCUGGAUUACCGAUCUCAAUCUAAACCCUUUUGCCUCUCAAGUAGAGUGUGCAAGAACUGAUAUGUUAAAAAAGUGCGCAAAAUGUUCUGCACCCUAAUAUUGCUGAUAUUUUUGUCU